GACCGGUGCUUCUGUGCAGGUUCCGCUGCAUGUGCUGACAUCAAGGUGCUCGGAGGACUCAUACAUUGAAUUGUUUUUAUAAUUACCAUUAUUGUGAACUGUUGUUACCCACGCGAGCUUUUCGUUAACGUAGUAGCUUCUUGUUCCACCUGGAAAGACCAGUGACUGUAUCGGCUAGAAGUGAUUCUAUCGGAGGAUUGAAUUAAGUGGAAGUGAAUAUACAAAUCCACGUACAAAAAAAUUCUGUGUGGAAUAUAGACCGCUUUUAACUUUCUUUUUUUAUUAUCGUUUCGAUAUUUCUCUGAGCUGAGCACAUCACUCUCAGAGUGACUGCAGAUUUUAUAUACUCGCAAUAAAAAUUUAACGUUUUUUCGUUAAUUAUUGAAUAUAGUUCGUGUUUUGGAAUAUUUGGAUCGCACGUUUGAUAUUUUUUAAUCCUACAUCUAUCGCAUAAAUUUUCCAUCUCUAUUUAAACAAAGUAUUACUUUAGACGUUAGAAGUAAGAAAAUGGUCAUGGAGGCAUCCCCAUCUCCGCAAAAUGUCGGUCGUGAAUUCGUCCGACAAUAUUAUACUUUACUCAAUCAAGCUCCUGCACAUCUCCAUAGGUUUUACAAUCAGCAUUCUUCCUUCGUGCAUGGAGGAUUAGAUUCCAAUAGAGAAUCGACCCCAGCAAUUGGUCAAAAGCAAAUCCAUCAGAAAAUUCAACAAUUAAACUUUCGUGACUGUCAUGCCAAAAUAAGUCAAGUUGAUUCGCAGCUGACUCUUGAGAAUGGUGUCGUUGUACAAGUAUCUGGCGAACUCUCUAAUGCUGGACAACCAAUGCGUCGCUUUACCCAAACCUUCGUAUUAGCAAUUCAGGCCCCGAAAACAUACUACGUACAUAACGAUAUAUUUCGUUAUCAAGAUUUGAUCUUUCCCGAUGAAGAAGAAGCUGAUGUAGGUGGUGUAGAAGGGGGUGUAGGUGAGUCCGGUGAAAGAGAAGGGGAGGAGGGAGGGCGUUCUGAGCCCGAGGAAGAUGAACAUCAAAAUCAAGGGCAGCAACUUUCAGCACCAGCUACGUCUACCGAACCGCAAGUCCAGCCACCGCUUAUUCCCGCACAACCUGUACUCCAGCAACAACAGCAAAUGUAUUAUGCACCACCACCACAACAAUCCCAUGUACUACCGGUAAUGCAACAAGUUCUAAAUGGUUCAGUUCACGAAGAAACCUCGUUAAUUAGCCAGCCACCGCCACAGCAGCAACAGCAACAGCCACCGCCGCCACCACCUGCACAGCAGCACCAAUAUAUUAACGAAUCUUCAUCACAGGCACAAUUUGUACAAGAAACAGAAUUAGACAGCUCAGCUGAACAACAACCAUCCGAGAGCGAGCCACAGACUCAGACUAAUGAAAGUCGUGAGCAGCCUGAAACUGAAACGUUUAAUGCCACUGCUCAAGAGUCUGAACCAGAACAUCAAGUGACGAAUACAACAAAUGUGACCAGUAGUGGACCAAAAACAUACGCCAAUCUCGUCAAGUCUUCCCCAAGUACCACCGGUGCUAUUAGUCCUCAGGCUCCUAAGUUGUCCAUGUCGCCGCCUCCGAUGACGAACUUGCGUUUGGAUGAUAGAUCGCCAUUGCAUCCUUCUAACAGCGGUCCAGUACUUGGUUCGUCGACUACUAUUUCCACACCUCAACAACAAACCCACAGAGUUGGAAAUCAACAACCACAACAGCAUCAACAGCAACGGGCACCAAGAGGAGGAGGUGUACAACGAGACGGUGACCGCCGUGGUACAAGGCAGAGUCAAUACAGUGACGCGCAUCAACUAUUUCUUGGAAAUUUGCCGCACAACGCAUCGGAGGAUGAUCUGAGGCAAAUUUUUGAAUCGUAUGGUAGGGUAGUGGAAUUACGUAUACACAGUAAACCGAAUGACAGAUGCAAAGGACCACAAGGAAAUAAUACUGGUAAAGUGCCUAACUACGGAUUCAUCACCUUUGAAGACAAACAAGUUGUUAGCAUGGUGUUACAGAAUCUGCCAAUUUAUUAUCCUGCGGAGAAUGGACAGAAAUUAAAUGUGGAAGAGAAGAAAGUCAGGCCUAGGGGAACGAUAGAUGGAAGCGGUGGCCGGUUAAAUUCGAAUGAUGGAAAUAUGAGGGCAAUGGGUGGACAGCAACAGCAACAACAACAGAGAGGUCCUGGCGGUCCCGGUGUUAUGAGAGGUGGUCAACAUGGAGCCAGAGGUGGCCGAGGAGGAUUUUCGCGGGGUGGCGAUGGUGGAAGGGGGGGCGGCGGUGGAAUGAGGCAACCCGGUAACCCAAGCAAUCCAAGUUACCAGAACCGUCGCUAAUAUAUGCAGCAACAUUAAUGGCACUCCCGAAAUUAUUUCUUCUUGAACAAGUCACCGAUAUAUAACUACCAUCCUCAUUUCCAAAACACAAAAAUCCAAGACUAUCGCGUAUGCCACACGAUGUGAUUAAAGGCGCUAUCCUUUUACGCUUAAAAAAACCAUCGCUUGCAUCGUUCGUCAAGCAACCGAACUAUAGAUGACGCAGCUCAAACUGUAUGGACCACGAACUCGAGUGGGAUCAAUCGGGUCUAUUGCAUUUAACUAUAAGUUCGUGGAUAAGGGGAUAAAUCAACGUUCAACCUAGUUCGACGAGUAUUUGAUGAGAAACGCUACGAGUUCGUCCUUCAUACAUCGACGUCAAACCACAGGACUUUACGAUAGAAAAGUACAUCUACAUCUAAUGCGUAUAACAACGAGUGACGCGUGAUGAUCAUCCAGAAUUAGGAACGUGGGCGUGUCUCGUCUCCCAGGUUUCUUCCAAGUCUCAACACACCCGAGAAGCAAAGCAAUUGUUGCGAAGUUCUGGUGCGAAGUGCGGAAGGGAACUGUGACGAUAGGACUAAGAGAAAAAAUUAGGGACAGUGCUGGAGGAGACGUACACAGAUUACACACAACUAGUAACUUUCGUUUUGUGAUGGAAUUCGUCAUACACGUCGCUCCUUAAAUUUUCUCCAUUCGCAGGUUAGGAGACACAAGCGGUGCGAAUUCCGCUUUCGUAAUAAAAUAAGUCACGAGCCAAACUAAACGAAAUUAAUUACGAGAGGAUACGAACCGUCUGAAUUGUGAGAAAUAUCGUGUCGCACACUUCAUAUGCUCUCGUGUUAAUUCAUUGACUGCCGAUGUGAAACGUUCCAUCUACGAGUUCUCGUAGAGAGGUCGGCAAUAAUGUUUAUAUAGGUGGUAGAGUUGCUCGGUGUUGGUUAAAACGAAGUAGAGAGAACUACGACUGUUCUGUGUUCGCAUAAAGGAAGGCACAGUGUCGACUUUUCUCGUGAAUCAUUGGCCGAUUAUCAAUCGACCGGUAUCGAUUGAUAGUGGGACAAUUAACCUUAGACUGCAGCUGGUCUCGCCGUUUCCCGAAUCACUAACCACUUAUGCUCCGUUUCAGAUUUUUGUUCAAUUUCCUGUUUCUCGUGCAUCUACUUUAACGUAUACUCUUGCUUUUUAUUCUUACGUUCAUAUUUAUCUGAUUCGAAUUUGCCACGUUUCUUUUUCUUUUUUUUCUUUUUUUUUCUUUUUUUCUUUUAAUUUAUCAGGUUUCGAACCGAGGAUAAAUGAUUUGACUUAAAAAAUUCCAAUCGUUUAAUUGUGUACAUGUAUUAUGAAUUUACAUGUGUUUAACGGACUCUGGUGAUCGCAGAACUCGUGACUGUUGAUAGAAAGAGGGAAAGAGGCCUAGUUACUAAAAAAAAAAAAAUUUUAGCUUGGGCUAUACCUACUUAAUAAACUUUAUUAAAAUACUAUAACUUUCUUCCCAUACUAAUAUAUAACUGGCGUUAUUCUUGUAAUUAUUAUACAUACGUAAAUAGAAAUUCUUGGAAGAGCGAACAAAAUCAGUCGAGAGUGGUAAAUGUUGUAUAUGAAAAUAUGAAUGAUUUUUUUAGCUUGUACAGGGUAUUUCAGAAUAGCAAACAUUAGUUCGACUGAUUUGCGGAGUUUCAUGCAAACGAUAAGUCUGCAGGAAAAAAGAAAGAGAUCGAGCUCUGUAUAACCCGUUCAUUGUACACAUAUUGUAAAAUAAUUUAUAUUUUAGAACAAUUCUUUACUGCCGUAAAAAAAAAUCAUCUAUAAUAAUAGUUUUGAAGGAUAAGUGGAUAUGCUAAGUAAUUAAUUUAUCCGUCAUUUUACAAUAUGCAAGAAUGUAUCAAAAUCUCAAGAUAAAAAGCUAAUUUUGUAGGUACUCCUUCGCAUUCGUUCUUUUUGUAAUAAUAUUUAUUAAGCCUUUAUCUAUAUUUCUGAAACGCCCUGUAUAUACGAGUGUACUAAAAGUAGAUUGAAAUAGAAAUAUUUGUUUCUAAACACGUUAUUAGUUUUCAUACGCUAAUUAGAGAAGCACCUCUGAAUUUUUUUUAUAGAAUUACAAAGUAAAAAGAAAAAAAAUGCUAAAUUCAGUACAUGCACUUCUUAUACAUUGUCCAACGGAAUUGAGGAAAACUAAUUCCCUUAUACCGAUAAGAGUACAUAUUGCCAUAAUUUAUAGUACCGUUGUCCUAUUAACGUAUCCAGAGAGAGAGAUUAGAAACUCCAGUGGGGUAUUCUGUCGUAAUAAAAUCUUUAUAGAGAGCAUGAUUCACCGGUAACCACUCUGCCACAAUUAAUAGAAUAUUAGAGGAGACAAUGUAUUAUUCCGUCUGUGAUUAUUCUAUUGUUAUAGAAAGUUUUGCAGGUAAUAUGGACCAUCGAUGGUCAUUCUGGCACAAUUAAUGCAAUUACACGAUAAGCAAUUUAAAUCGUCUUAUUAUAAUCGAUAAAAUAGCUGUUGACAGUAUGAUCCACCGAUAGUCAAUCCUGCUACAGUGAAUGAAAUAUAAGAACAGCGUGCGUUAUCUACCGGUGGUCAUUCUAUCAUAACAAAGCGUCGUAGACAGCGUGACCCAUGUGGAGCCAAUCUGUUAAUAAUUAACACGUCCGCAAUCACCGUACGGUUAGAAAAAAAAACUGGCCACAACAGCCCAAGCUUUUGUUUUUAAACGGACGCAUGUGCGACGUUCGGCCCUCCUAAAAAAAAAAAAAAAAUCAGCGUGUCGCACGUAUGUAACGUGUAUUACAUAUAUGCGGAAACGAACGUGUUAAAUAAGAUCCUCGUACGCAACAGGACCUAAUUUAUAGGGUGUAGAACGAAUUUUUAGACUUUCAUUUCCGGCCUGGAUGUACUAAAAAAAGAAAAAAAAACAAACAAACAAUUAUAGAGAACAGUAAUACAAUUAUAGAAAACCAAAAAGAACCUUUGAAAUUUCUAUUUACGACUGACAAAGUGAGUCUGCGAUUGUUAGAGAGACAGCACGCCAUAUUUCUGCGAUCUAAUUAGUCCAUAUUGGGUAGGAUUACGAUUUCGUUUGUAUAUUUGUAGAGUUACAAAGAAAAAUUUCUCGCGUGAAAGGUCAAGUCGAAACAGUGUAAAAAAGGAAAAGGAAAAGAAA